AUGAGUAAAAAGUUCAAAUCCCAGGCGUCAAGCAGUCGUGCUGCUGCUGGUGCUUUUGGCACAUUUGGAGGCUUCUCGGGUUCCUUUUCGACCGAGGGGAAGGAACCAUCUUCCCUUACUUUUGUUUCGGAGCCGCCUGACCUUUCGCGCAUAUCAGAGGCGCAAAUAGCAAUUGCCUUCAAGAACUUCUUAAAAAAGGACGAGGUCACGAGAACACGAUCAUUAGAUGACCUGAACGACCAUGUUUCUGGUAUAGAAAGCCAGAAUGGAACUCUCGAUGAUGGGUUCUUGGAGGCUUGGGUAAAAAUAUAUCCCCGGGCAUCGAUCGACCUCUCCCGUAGAGUGAGGCAGACAUCUCAUUCUAUCCAGGGAUCAGUUUCGUCCCUGGUAGGGAAGCGGAUUGCCCGCUUUUUGCCCAAGGCCGUCGGGCCAUGGCUUGCGGGAAUCUAUGACAAUGACAGACCAGUGCAUCUCUCGGCUUUAGAGUCAUUCACGCGGGUGUUUUCGACAGAUGAGAAGAGGAAAAACGUGUGGAAGAUAUACCAGACUUCGAUUCUCGAUUUUGUAGACGACGUCAUUCUUCAACAAACCCCCCAAACUUUGAGUGAUGAACGAACAGUAAAGCCGGAUGAUGCGGAGGCGAAGUAUGCUCGCGUCGUAGGGACUGGAAUUUUGCUAUUCAACCGAAUUAUAGGCAAUUCAACCCACGAAGAUCUUGAAAAAGAUCUGACCACUGUCAAAAAUCUGCUCACUAGCAAAUCACUGUGGGCUCUGUGCUAUCAUGAAGACCCCUUUGUUCGCAGAUCCAUAUAUACACUGAUUCGCUCUGCAGUUGCCAAGUGGCCUGAGGAGCUUGAUUGGAAAUUCGUAAGCGCAGCCUUGGUUGGAAAGUCGUUACACGCUUCGCAAUUAGGCUCGUCCUCGGAGCUAUCCGAAUCUAUAUUACAAGUAACAUUUGCAAGACCGCAAAUAUGGACUGAUGAUUAUUCUGGGAAGUCUUCCUCGUCGAAGAGAUUACUUCAGUAUAUACAAAAAGGCUCACAAGGAGGCGCAAGUUCAUUUUGGACAAAUCUAUAUCAGUUACUGCAGAUAGUCCCACUACAAAUCCUGCCAAAGAACGAUUCACAACCUGUCGGUGAAGCCAGUAUCGGGCUAUCAAGUGCGAUCUCUCUGGCAGAGUCAUUCCAAGAAGGGCUGAAUUCAAGAGAUGAGCCUCGACAAAACAGAGGAGUUGCCUGGAAGGCUUAUGUUGAUACUGGCAUGUGGCUUGCCAAUCUGUUACCUGCAGAUGAUAAAGGCAAAUUCCUACGCGAACGGUUGUCUCCUAUAUUGCUACAACAUGUCAGACCGGAGCACGAAGGGUCUCAAUGGUCACUCCCUGCCCAAUCAGCUGAAAAUAUUUGCACUGAUUAUGUUAUCGGUUUGAUCUCACACGGCCACGAAAGUGAAAUGGAAAGGUUAUGGGCAGAACUAUCUGAAAAGUUACUUGAAACCGUUAAACUAUCUUCUCCUGAACAAUCGAAGGACUUCAGAUCAUCACAGGAUGAGGUAUGCUCUCAGGCCAAACGUUUCUUUGCUUUGGACACGGUGAUUCUUUCGCGGGCCGCUGGGACAGAUGGUGAGAAGCAGGUGUCUUCUCUUUUUGAGAAGACGAAUAUGCCACUACUUGACAGUUGCCUGCAAGUCCUCCAGACUCGAAAUGGCAAACCAUAUGGAGCGGCUGCGGUGGUCGAAGAAAUGGUCAACAACGUUCCACAGAUUGCUCAAACCUCUCAAGCUCUGGUAGAUUUCGUCAAAGAUGACGCCCCAGAGUUUCUGUUCUCGCCAUCUGCGGACCACCUUAUUUCAAUUAUCUUAUCAUGUCGUUCUUGGGAUGGGUUUGGCUCGAGCUUUGAGAAGAUCAUAGAAAGGGUGGCAAAAUCAGAACCAGAGUCCUCGAAUGCGCAUGCCGUUCAAAAGUUACUUUCCACUAUCAACUUCAACGAGAUGGAUGGGAAAAGCGUGCUUGGCUCAUUGAUCAUGCGUGCCCUAGAACAGGCCUGUAAAGGGAGCAGCCUGCAUUGGUCGAUUGUCAUUGCUGUUCUCCAGAACCAGACGUCUCAUGGAGAAAUGACUGAUUUAAUAUUUCUGUCAAUAAUAGAUGCCUUGUCUGAGGAAAGCAAAUCUUUUCAUACGCUGCAAGGACUUUCUCAGGUUGCCAACUCUGUUCCAACCGCUCUCAGGGGCUUUCAAAGCGGACCACACGGCUCCAAAUUGACUGGAAAGUUGCAUUUCCUUGCUGAAUCCCCCUCAGAAGAUGUAGGAAGUUUUGCGGAGUCAUUGAUCAAGGCCCUGAAAAAAUCGGUUGUUGGUGAAACAAGUGCCCGGUCGAGUCUUGAGAUUCUCCAGCACAACUUUGAUUUUGCCAAUGACGAGUCUCUCUCGAUCGAAUCUCUACUCAGGAUCGCAGAAGAGCUGUUGCAAAGUGCUAAAUCUGAGGAUAUCGGUCAGCUAGCAAAGGAUAUUCUACCUGCACGCCAGACUUGGGAAAAAGCUCUCAGCCCUUUCCUCGAGCUCCCUCCUCGGCGAUCAACUGCAGUCACAAACCCUCUGGGGGGGACUGUGUAUCUUGUGGAUCGUGAGUUGUCGGACGACUUUUGGAGACUCUACGAGAGCGUCCCACGCGAUUCGAGCCAAUGUUCGUCGGCCUUCCGACUGACCUACUUUACCACCAAAAUCCUCUCUUUGUUUGACUUCUCCAGACAUCUCGGCACGGACCAGCUUGAAACCCUCUUUUACAACCUUCCUCUUGCUAUCCAGUUGAUUGACGAUGACUUAAGUAUCGAAAACUGUAAUGGAAUAACUGGAUUAGUGCUUCCUGAGCAACGAAAAGAGUACAUGGAAAUUGUCAAUGAUGGUCGAAAGUUGAUAAGAGAGUGGGUUCAUUCAAAAGAAGCGUUUGCCUCUACGGUCACCCAGUUUUGGGAGAGUAAGCUUGAAGGGCUUAAAGGGACUUCGCCUUUGGACUAUCGGAUCGGAGAAGCCUUCGUCAAAACCCUGGCUAGUGUUGAUUCAUCAAACAAAUCCAAAUCUCCCGAUGAGCUUGCCGACUUAUGUAAAAGUGUCCGGACAGCAAACACCAUUCGUACAGCUUCUUGGGUAGCGGUUUUGCGGCAAUCAAUUCUUACCACACCUUCCGGGACGCGGCUUUGCAACGAGCUUGUUGCAGACUCCACGGGUCUAAAGCCCGAGGAUGAGAGAGGAGACGGUCUCCGAAAGUUGUCGUUGCUGAACCUUCUGUUGGGGGCGGAGGAAAAUGCUGCUGCUUCCAUCCCAACCCAACGCUUGGUCUUCUUGGUCAAACAUCUUAUACAGUGUCUUCAGUCCGAGCGUGCAACUCUCAAUGUCAAGGCUGAAAUCUUACAAAGCUUGACAUUUGUCCUUCCCUGUAUUCAAGAGAUGUACGGCUCCCACUGGCAAGAGUGUGUGGAGAUCCUCAGCAGCAUCUGGCAAGACACAAAUGGCAGCGACGAAGCUUUGCCCGUGCUCCUGUCUUCAUUCAGACUUCUUGGCUGCUUGAAGUCGAUCGUAGGCAAUGAAGAAAGCAACGAUGAUAUGAAAGAUGUUUGGUCAGAUCAGAAAGCAGUACUAUGCAAUAAGUUGACAUCAACUUUGCGAAAAUUUGACUCUUCGACCACUUUUCACCAACCUCGUGAUGUCACCGUUGACCUUCUGUGCCGUCUACUUAACGUCAUACCGACUGAAAGCCUUGAGAAUGUGAACAAGGUUUUCCCUCUUUUGACGGCACACAGUCAAGCCGUCCAACGGGCUGCGUACACCAUUCUCCAUCGAUAUAUUCCUAACGUGCAAGAGCAAAUGUCAUUUGACGUGGCAUUAUCUAAGUCGACAGUGAGGUUACCAGAUGAACUCAUGUCCCUGCUACUUGAAGCACCAACUAUAGCCUCGAUAUCCCUUUCCUAUGACGACGAUAGAACUUGGGCGAAUAUCCGAUCAUAUCUUUUAAGCUGGAAAGUGGUGUUUGACCACUUUGUCAAUGCGUCUCUUACUGUUCAAGAAAAUUACGUAUUUAGCAUCAAGGAAAAUGACACACUGGGUCCACUGCUGGAGUUCAUGUUUGACUUCCUCCAAGGCUCCCAAGGCAAAAUGGUGGAGGCGUCUAGAUUCGAUAUUCGCACCUUCGAACUGGAUCGAUCCGAGUCUUACGAAAGGGAGACAGAAUGGCUUCUUGUCCAUCUGUACUAUUUGUGCUUGAGGCAUGUAGCAAAUAUGACCAAGGGUUGGUGGAUUGAUGCGAAAAAGCGCAUCAAAGGGCCAGUGGAGACCUGGACUGAAAAAUACAUUUCACCGUUGGUCAUUGAAGACUCUCUGCGAGGAGUCUCGGAGUGGAUGUCAACCCAAGACCCUGAUGAAGAACGCGCAUUGACGGUGAAGAUAUCCCAUAAGACUGCGGAGAUCAUCGCUAGUAUCCCUGUCGACGAGGAAUCACCCCCUGUUGCCUUGUCCAUAUCUCUGCCGCCCGCAUACCCACUACAUCCGGCUGUGGUCGUGGGCCGAAGCCGGGUGCUGGUGGAUGAGAAGAAGUGGAAGAACUGGCUGCUUGUCAUCCAGGGGGUGAUCAUGUUUUCCAAUGGCAGCCUGGUGGAUGGACUACUAGCCUUCCGGAAGAAUGUUCAAGGAGCAUUGAAGGGACAGAGUGAAUGUGCCAUUUGCUAUUCGGUGAUUUCCACGGACAUGCAGACACCAAACAAGCGAUGCGCCACUUGCAAGAACACGUUCCACUCCGUCUGUCUCUACCGAUGGUUCAAGAGCAGCAACCAGAAGCGGUAG